AUGGCUGAAGUAACUGUUACAGAUAUGCCACCAUCCGAAGUGUCUGUCGAAGAGGUCAACGCUGACUUAGCGGCCUCAUCUAUCAGUACUCCGGAAGCUGUGGAUGAAUCCAAGAAGAAGAAGAAAAACAAGAAGAAAAAGAAGAAAAAUAACAUUAAGGAUAUCACUUUAUUCUACCCUGAUGGAGUUUAUCCUGAAGGUGAAUGGAUGGAUUACACUCAAGAUUUUAACUUGGAAAGAACCACUGAUGAAGAGAAACGUUAUUUGAAAAGAUCUCUGGAGAAUGCCACUCAUUGGAACGAUGUCAGAAAAGGUGCUGAAAUUCAUCGUCGUGUAAGAAAGAACGUGCAAAACAAAUUGAAGCCAGGGAUGGCUUUGACUGAUAUUGCAAACAUCAUUGAGGAUGCCACUAGAAAAUUCACUGGUGCGGAAGAUUUAAGAACUAUGGAAGAUCCAUUGAGUCAAGGUAUUGGGUUCCCCACUGGUCUUUCCAUCAACCAUAUUGCUGCGCAUUUUACGCCAAAUGCCGGAGAUAAGACUGUUUUGAAGUAUGAGGAUGUCAUGAAAGUGGAUUUUGGUGUUCAAAUUAAUGGUAAUAUUAUUGAUUCUGCAUGGACCGUAGCAUUUGAUCACAAAUAUGACAAUUUGCUUACUGCUGUACGUGAAGCCACAUAUACUGGUAUUAAAGAGGCAGGUAUCGAUGUCAGGUUGACUGACAUUGGUGAAGCCAUUCAAGAAGUUAUGGAAUCGUAUGAAGUGGAGAUCGAUGGUGAAACCUUCCAAGUGAAACCAUGUAGAAAUUUAUGUGGACAUAAUAUUGGUCCAUACAGAAUACAUGGUGGUAAAUCUGUGCCAAUUGUAAAGAAUGGGGACAAUACUAAGAUGGAAGAAGGUGAACAUUUUGCCAUUGAAACUUUUGGUUCAACUGGGAGAGGUUAUGUGUAUGCUGAUGGGGAAUGUUCCCAUUAUGCUAAGGCUCCUGGUGAACAUCAAAUGCCCACCCUCAGUGGUGCUAAGAAGCUACUAAAGACAAUCAACGAAAAAUUCGGAACGUUGCCCUUCUGUCGUCGUUAUCUGGAUAAGUUGGGAGAAGAGAAGUAUCUAUUUGCAUUGAACCAACUGGUUAGACAAGGGAUAGUGCAGGAUUACCCACCGUUAGUGGACAUCCCUGGGUCCUACACUGCUCAAUUCGAGCACACUAUCCUGUUGCAUCCUCACAGUAAGGAGAUCGUCUCCAAGGGUGAAGAUUACUAA